AUGGAUCAUCGGCAGCCCCGAAACAGCUCCCUUAUCAAUCAAGAGGUGGGAGCGAACAAGAGAUUUGCCCGAACCCAGACGCCAUUCGAUGAUGAAACGCGCAGAUCCAUCGCCCAUGUUAUUCAGAGGGGCUACGUGGUAAUAGAACACGGUUUUUCGGACGCUGAAGUAGAGGAAGCAAUCACCGAACUGCAUCGAAUAGCUUCGGGAGAGGAAGCUGGGCCGACUGCAGCUGGCGGGCGAAACAAGUUCGAGGGGCUCAAUACUCAUCGCAUCUACGCAUUACUCAACAAGUCAAGAGUUUUUGACAAAUUCGCCAUACACCCAAGGGUUCUUGCUCUCAAUGACUAUUUCCUUGACCCGGGCUAUCAGCUCAAUGCCUAUCAUAGCAUCUUCAUCCAACCAGGGGAAAACCCGCAGACGCUCCAUCAUGAUGACAGCUUUAUUACCAUUCCACGGCCGCAUCGACCUUUUGGAACGGCUAUAAUGGUCGCUCUUGAUGCAUUCACAGAGACCAAUGGUGCUACCGUCGUCGUACCGGGAUCUCACCGCUGGGGUGCUGAACCAAUGCCCACUCAAGAGCAAACAGUUCCAGUGCUUAUGCCCAGAGGUAGCAUAGUGUACUUCCUAGGGACUCUGUGGCAUGGCGGCGGCCAAAAUAAGUCCAGUGAGGAACGGCGUUCCCUCACUGUUCAGUACUGCCAACCAUGGGUGCGGCCAUUCGAAAACCAGAUACUCGCUGUGGAUUGGGACAAGUUAGAUAUCAUUCCAGACCGCCUUGUUGACAUGUUAGGCUACAAAGUUGCAUCUCCGUUCAUCGGUUACGUUGACGGAGUAAGUCCUAGAAGGGCCGUGGCGAGACUGUUGCGGCGAAGGAAGGACGAACGAUUACUUCGACAGAAGCUAUAA